GAAAAUGACAGUGGACCAGACGGAUCUUCCAAAUGAGGUGUUUACAAGUGACGUAUGUGGACGUAAUUGCAUCACCACGUGGCUGAACGCGGAAAUGUGAUUUCGAGUACUCCACCAGCCUACUUCCCUCGUUUGAAUAGUGAUAGCUUAUGGUAGGCUCAUAUUGAAUAUGGCAGACAGCACAAGAGAGGAGAAACUUAAACGCAUAAAUGAAUCGAUACGUGCAUUUCCAGACUUCCCAACCAAGGGCAUAUUAUUCAGAGACAUUUGCCCAAUACUUAAAGACCCGAAGUCACUUACUGCUGUCAUUGACCUGUUCGAGGAAUAUGUCCGACAAAAUCAUCAAGACGUAGAGCUUCUCGUGGGGUUGGACGCACGUGGGUUUCUCUUUGGGCCACUGCUGGCUCAAAGGUUGGGGAUAGGCUUUUCUCUCGUGCGAAAGCGAGGCAAGCUGCCAGGGCCCACGGUCUCAGUGGCUUACGAUCUAGAAUAUAGCAAGGCUGAGGCUGAAAUUCAGGAAGAUGCUGUAGCUCCAGGGCAGAAGGUUCUAGUUAUCGAUGACUUGCUGGCCACGGGUGGUACUCUUAAUGCAGCAUGUGCGCUUAUGAAGAAACAGCAAGCGAAUGUGAUGGGCUGUUUGGUGGUGAUUGAGAUCAAGGAUCUCCAUGGUGCAGACAAGAUCAAGCCACACUCCGUGUUCUCUUUGGUGCAGUACUGAAGUGGGCUCUCUGCUCUUGGAGAAAUUCCAGAUUAUGUUGGGUACAAACAAAAAAAACACUAUUCUAGUGUUUGUAAUCACUAGGUCAUUUUAGGACUGCAUGUGGAAUUAAUGUUAGAAUAGAAUAAUGUGUACAUUGGAACAAAUUUG